AUGGUGGUUAUCAAGCGGUUUAGAACUGUCUGGGGCAUUGACUCCGGAGAGAACUUCGAGAAGUGGAUCCCCUGGUUCACGGACUUGAAGAAGCAGGGCUACUCUGGUGUCGAGGUCGACAUUACUGGCCGAGAUGCCGAUAACCUACGACUCCUCCGAAAGCUCUUGGACGAUGCUGACUUUGAGGCGACGGUGCUGAUGCACACUGCCUGGGCAGGCUAUGUCGGCGCUCGACCUACAGGUCUCACUCCUGAUAUUCAUCUCGACGUCUACCGCAAAACUCUCGAGCUGGCUAAAAUUCUGCGCCCGGUCAAGAUCAACGCCCAGUCUGGAGGCGACUACUGGACUGUGGAUGAGUCCGUCUACUUUUACCAAAAGACUCUUGAGAUCGACCAGGAGCUUGGCCUCACUGGCCUAGUCUCCCACGAGACACACCGCAACCGAGCUCUUUUCACUCCUUAUGCCACUAAGCAAAUCUUGCUCAAGGUUCCCGAGCUCCGCAUCACGGCGGACAUUUCCCACUGGGUUGUGGUCUGCGAGCGACUUCUGGAUCUUGGUGAGGAGGACAAGGAGAUUCUCGAUCUCCUGGUUCCUCGGGUGCACCACAUUCAUGCCCGCAUCGGCACGACUCAAUCCUCGCAAUGCCCCGAGCCUGAGGACCCCAUCUUCAAGCCCGAGCGCGAAUUCUUUGAGAAGCUCUGGCUGCGCAUCGUCAAGGCGCGGAGCCAAGAUGCUUUCAUCACCUUUGUGCCUGAGUAUGGUCCGUUCCCUUACCACCCAUAUGGAAGUAUUAGGACCCACGGCCAGGUUGCUGAUAGCGAGGGUGCACGACUACAAAAGUUGUUUGAGGACAGUCUCAAGGCGUAA